AGCGCUGGCAGCCGAGGAGAGCAAGCCCGGCAGCUGCUCAUUGACCUGGAGACGCGCGGGAGUCGGGCUUUUCCUGUGUUCCUCUCGAUCCUGCGGGACACCGGGCAGGGCGACCUGGCGGACAUGCUGAUGGAGGAGUGUGGGCGCCCGCCGGCGCCGCCGCAGCUGGUCGACCUGAGGCCUGUGGAGCUGAGCUUCCGUGGGGAAAAGCACGGUAAAACCGUGAACUUGCCUCAACGUUUGUCUGUCCCAGUCCGAGCCGAGAGUGAAAGACCUCCCGCGCCAGCCCGGGGUUCGGCCGUCGACAAGAGGAACCGCGACCCGGUUUACGAGCUGAAAGCGGACCCGUGCGGACACUGCCUGAUCCUCAACAACGUCAACUUCAGUCAAGACUCGGCUCUGUCGACUCGAGACGGCUCUGACGUGGACUGCGAGAAGCUGGAGAAGCGCUUCAGGGCCUUGUGCUUCAACGUCCUGACUCGGCGGGAUCUGAAAGCUCAGGAAAUGGUGGCUGAGCUGCAGAAGCUGGCGCGGCGGGACCACGGCGCCCUGGACUGCUGCGUCGUGGUCGUCCUUUCCCACGGUUGUCAGACAAGCCAUAUUCAGUUUCCUGGAAGCAUUUACGGAACGGAUGGAAAACCCAUUCCCAUAGAAAAGAUUGUGAACUAUUUCAAUGGGUCCAAUUGCCCGAGUCUGAGAGGAAAACCCAAACUCUUCUUCAUCCAGGCCUGUGGCGGAGAACAGAGAGAUCGAGGCUUUGUAGUGGAUUGUGAUUCACCUGGAGACGAAGCGCCUGGAGGUUCUUUGGAGUCGGACGCGACUCCUUUUCAGACUCUGUCGGGUAACGUGGACGAGCCAGACGCCGUAGCCAGUUUGCCCACACCCAGCGACAUCUUGGUCUCCUACUCGACCUUCCCGGGUUUCGUGUCCUGGAGGGAGAGGUCGAGCGGCUCGUGGUACGUGGAAACGCUGGACAGCGUGCUGGAGCAGUAUGCCCAUUCGGAAGACCUGCCGAGCAUGUUGCUGCGGGUGGCGAACGCCGUCUCUGCCAAGGGGAGGUACAAGCAGAUGCCGGGCUGCUUCAACUUUCUCCGUAAAAAAUUCUUCUUCAUGUGCAAAUGACGUGUGGGCUCUGAGGUCCCUUCCGAGCA